AUGCGAACCAAUAAGCGGCUAACAUUUGGCAUCUGCGGAACCUAUUUAGAACACUAUAGUGCAGUGAAGCUUUUUCUCUCAGCAGACGGAAAUGGCGGCCGCGAGAGUGAUAGCAUCCUGCCUAGAAGUCCAUUAAGGGUAAAACCUAAGAGCGUCAGCAUUUGCUUCAAAAACAACAGACUGUUGGCGCAGAGAAGGCGGGUCUUCAGUUGUACUGCUAUCUACAAUCCCCAAUUCCAAAUUAAAGAAGAGGGCCAGCCCGAAACCCUGGACUACCGAGUCUUCUUUCUCGACAAUUCGGGUAAAAAGAUUUCCCCUUGGCAUGAUAUACCACUACACUUGGGUGAUGGCAUGUUCAAUUUCAUUGUUGAGAUUCCAAAAGAAUCAAGUGCGAAGAUGGAGGUUGCAACUGAUGAGCUUUAUACUCCCAUUAAGCAAGACACAAAGAAGGGAAAACUACGAUAUUAUCCAUACAAUAUAAAUUGGAACUAUGGAUUGCUUCCACAAACAUGGGAGGACCCUUCAUCUGCCAAUGCUGAAGUAGAGGGUGCAUUUGGAGAUAAUGAUCCAGUUGAUGUUGUUGAGAUUGGGGAAAACAGAGCCAAAAUUGGGCAAGUGUUGAAAGUCAAGCCCCUGGCUGCUUUAGCAAUGAUUGAUGAAGGGGAACUCGACUGGAAAAUAGUUGCAAUUUCCCUGGAUGACCCUAAAGCUCCCCUUGUAAAUGAUGUCGAUGAUGUUGAAAAGCAUUUCCCGGGAACUCUUACUGCAAUCAGGGACUGGUUUAGAGACUACAAGAUUCCUGAUGGGAAACCUGCUAACAAGUUUGGUCUUGGCAACAAGCCAGCAAAUAAGGAUUAUGCUCUUAAAGUCAUCACUGAAACCAACGAAUCGUGGGCUAAACUUGUGAAAAGAUCUAUUCCUGGCGGUGAGCUCUCGCUUGUAUAAAUCCAACAAUUAUAUACAAGCUGCAAAGCAUCUCGAUAUAGCAGUUCUGUUGAGACACAAUAAUAGUGUCUUGUUGGAACUCCCAAUGUUUAUUUGUCAAGAUUGGAACAAAGUUUUCAAUGAAGAGUCAUUUCAAUAAUAGGGGAGAGAUUUUUGUCAAA